AUGUCAGCUGAAGAUAUGGAGACAAAAUAUGGAUAUGAAGUGGGUCCAAGUGUUGCAGUGUAUGCCUAUCAGAAAGGGCGUAGGGGGGUGGAUGAAAGUGAUCUAUGGUAUGGAAAAUCGAAUCUCUACGGGUGGACAAGCGUGCAAAAGCUUCACAGCCUUUUUGGGUCAAAAUCAGAUGGAAGCCAAGAGCUAUUGGAAUCAGAUUUAUCCGAGUGGAUGGAGGCUGCAGUGUUAGCUGAUGUCACAGAGGUAGUCAAGUUUGAUGAGAUAUCUGGGGUGCUAAAACCUUGGGAUGGUCUAUACACCGUUGGUCUGCAAGCUCUUCACCACCCAAACUGCAGGAUGAUUCAAUUCACUUGUCAUGCAUCUCAACUUGCAACAAACCCUACAGUCCAGACAAGGAGAUCCAACGGUUCUGCUCAAAUUGCAACUGGUGGUAUCAUAUCAGAUGUCUUGAUGCACUUUCACCAUUGGGGUCUAUCAAAUCUCACUUGCCACCCUACUGAAGUCCAAGCUCAUCACAAAGUAGACCAACUUUUCAAAGCAUCAUUUGCUGUCCGGUUGAACGUGGUAUCACAGCUGGAGUGUUUGGUAAUGGAUGGGGAAUACAUCAGGCACGCCAAUGGUACAACCAGUUGGUGA